AUGGCACCAAAGACAUUAUAUGAUAAAGUAUUUGAAGAUCAUAUAGUUCAUAAAGAUGAAUCAAAUUCAUAUUUAUUAUAUAUAGAUAGACAUUUAGUUCAUGAAGUUACUUCACCACAAGCAUUUGAAGGAUUAAAAAAUGCAGGUAGAUCAGUUAGAAGAACUGAUUGUACUUUAGCAACAGUUGAUCAUAAUAUUCCAACAAUAUCAAGAAAAAAUUUUAAAAAUGUUAAUACAUUUAUUGAUCAAGAUGAUUCAAGAUUACAAGUUAUGACAUUAGAACAAAAUGUUAAAGAUUUUGAUGUUACUUAUUUUGGAAUGAGUGAUAGUAGACAAGGAAUAGUUCACGUUGUUGGUCCAGAACAAGGAUUUACAUUACCUGGAACUACUGUAGUUUGUGGUGAUUCUCAUACUUCAACUCAUGGAGCUUUUGGUUCAUUAGCUUUUGGUAUUGGAACAUCAGAAGUUGAACAUGUUUUAGCAACUCAAACAAUUAUUCAAACAAAAUCAAAAAAUAUGAGAAUAUUUAUAGAUGGUUCAUUAAAUGAAGGUAUAACUUCAAAAGAUUUAGUUUUACAUGUAAUUGGAGUUAUUGGUACUGCUGGUGGUACUGGAUGUGUUAUUGAAUUUGCAGGUAAAGCAAUAGAAGAAUUAUCAAUGGAAGCAAGAAUGUCAAUAUGUAAUAUGGCAAUUGAAGCUGGUGCAAGAGCAGGUAUGAUAAAACCAGAUGAAACUACUUUUAAUUAUAUAAAAGGAAGACCAUUAACUCCAAAAGGUGAAGAAUGGGAAAAAGCACUUUCAUAUUGGAAAACUUUACAUUCAGAUCCUGGAGCAAAAUUUGAUUAUGAUAUUAAAAUUUCUGCAAAAGAUAUUGUACCAACUAUAACUUGGGGAAAUUCACCACAAGAUGCAUUACCUAUAAGUGCAAGUGUACCAGAUCCAGAAAAUGUAACUGAUCCAAUAAAAAAAGAAGGUAUGAUAAGAGCAUUAAAAUAUCAAGGAUUAAAACCAAAUACUCCAUUAAAAGAUAUUAAAAUAGAUAAAGCAUUUAUUGGAUCAUGUACAAACUCAAGAAUUGAAGAUUUAAGAGCUGCUGCAAAAGUUGCAAAAGGUCAUAAAAAAGCUGAUACAGUAAAAGAAGUAUUAGUUGUACCUGGAUCAGGAUUAAUUAAACAACAAGCUGAAAAAGAAGGAUUACAUAAAAUAUUUGAAUCUGCUGGUUUUACAUGGAGAGAAGCUGGUUGUUCAAUGUGUCUUGGUAUGAAUCCAGAUAUUUUAAGUCCUGAAGAAAGAUGUGCUUCAACAUCAAAUAGAAAUUUUGAAGGUCGUCAAGGUGCAAGAUCAAGAACUCAUUUAAUGUCACCAGCAAUGGCAGCAGCAGCAGCUAUCAAGGGUCAUUUUACAGAUAUUAGAGAAUUUGAUUAUAUUAAUCAUAAAGAUGAACCACAAGUCACUAUAGAAAGUGAUGAAGAUGAAGAAUUACAAGAAGCUGUUUAUAAACAUGAAAAAGAACCAAUAGAUAAUGAUGAUUCAUAUUCAGGAGAAGAAGAUAAAAUCAAUGAUAUACCGAAACUGAAUUCAAAAAAAACUUUUGAUCCUUCACCAUCAGGAGGAUUAGAUAAAUUUACUGUAUUAACCGGUAUAGCUGCACCAUUAUAUAAAGCAAAUGUUGAUACCGAUGCCAUAAUUCCUAAACAAUUUUUAAAAACUAUCAAAAGAACAGGAUUAAAAGAUGGAUUAUUUUAUGAAUCAAGAUUUAUAAAAGAAAAUGGUAAAGAUGUAGAAACAGAUUUUAUAUUAAAUCAAAAUCCUUAUAGAAAAGCUGAAAUUUUAGUUGUAACAGGUGAUAAUUUUGGUUGUGGAUCAUCAAGAGAACAUGCACCAUGGGCAUUAAAAGAUUUUGGUAUAAAAUCUAUAAUAGCACCAUCAUUUGGUGAUAUUUUUUAUAAUAAUUCUUUUAAAAAUUUUUUAUUACCAAUAAGAUUAUCACAAAAAAUUAUUGAAACAAAUUUAAUACCAGUUAUAAAUCAAGGCCAUAAAUUAACAAUAGAUUUACCAAAUCAACAAAUUAGAGAUGGUGAAACUGAUGAAAUAUUAGUUGAACAUUUUGAAGUUGAAAGUUUUAGAAAACAUUGUUUGGUAAAUGGAUUAGAUGAUAUUGGAUUAACUUUACAAAAAGAAAAGUUUAUAAAAGAUUAUGAAAAUAAUAGAAAAAUUAAAUUUUCAUUCUUGGAAGGUGGAUCAAAAUUAAUUAAACCAAUAAAAGGUUCAAAAAAGAGUAAAUAUGGUUUAAAAACUCAAGAAUGGUAA